AUGGUCGAGGGAGGUGCAGGCAAGGCAGGCAUGUUUCGUCCGGCGUUCGGAGUGGCGGCGAGGACCCUGCUGCGGCGGUUCUGCGGCCAGGCCACGGCGGCUGGGUCGCUGUCGAGGCCGGCCGGGGCUAGCAUGCUGAGACACCUGCACUCUCAGCAGGCGAAUGCUGCAGUUGCUACUGCUGGCCACCGCUAUGGCCUUUUUCGCAGGAGCCUCAUCCUGUCAGAGAUUGGACUUUGGUAUGAUAAGAUUAUGAAAAGGGAUCUACCUCCGUCAGAGAUUGAUUGGGAUGUCCCUUCCGGUGCCGGUGUCUCUGAAGCUGAUUGGGUUAAAACUUGUGUCGUCUCUUCGGCUGACUGGGUCGCCGAGGUUGAUUGGGUUGAAGCUGGUGCCGUCUCUCCGGUUGUGAGGAAUCAACGUCAUUGUGGCUGCUGUUGGGCGAUGGCUGCUGCAGCCUCAGUCGAGGCUAUGCAUUACUUGAAGACCUCCAAGUCAAUCUCGCUAUCUGUUCAAGAGCUCAUCGACUGUGACACAAAGAGCAAAGGGUGUGACGGCGGCCUCAUACAGAAUGCUUUAAGGUAUGUACAAGAAAAUGGGCUCUCAAGUGAACCCCACUACCCAUACAAGGGUGAGAGGAGUAUAUCGGGUUGCAAGCAGAACAAAAUAGCAGCAACAUCAAGGAUAUCUGGGUUUCAAUUUGUCGACCCAACCGAGGAUGCUCUAGAGAAAGCGGUAGCUAGGCAGCCUGUGGUUGUCAGUUUGCACUGUUCCAAUGGCCUGAUGAGGUACUACAAAGGAGGCAUCGUGGAUUAUGAACCUGUAAGCGGCAUGACCAACGAGGAACACUAUGUCCUGAUUGUUGGUUAUGGCACCGAUUCCAAUGGCGUCAAAUACUGGCGCUUCAAGAACUCGUGGGGACCAAACUGGGGCGAAGGGGGGUUUGGGAGGAUCCGCAGGCAUGUUAAAGACGAACGAGGAGCGUUGGGUAUUUUCCUGAAACAAGGAGUAUAUCCGGUGCUUAAGGACUGA